AUGUUCGGCGCCGAUUGCGCGUUCGCGCACGGCACGGUCGAACUGCGCCGCCCGCGAGUCGAGGAUGGCCGGAUGUGCUACAACUUCAUGUAUAAAGGUACAUGCUACUGCGGGGAAAACUGCAUCUUCUCCCAUGCGUCUGCCGCACCAGGUCUGGCGAUUCGCAAUCCUUGGGAGCUGAUGCCGGUGGAGGCGCGGAGGAGCGAGACGACCCCGUCCGUGACUGUGAGGAGCGAGACAUCGUCGGCUUCUGGGAGGGCCUUCCCGCCGGCCGUGCAUCAGGUGCCGCAGGAGCAGGAGGCUGCAGGUGGCAGAAGGAUCAGCAACCUGGAGCGUCUGAGCAGGAAGAAGACCACCGGGAUCUAUGGGGACUGGCCCGAGCAGUUCUGA